AUGUGGGCAAUCGAGGCUCGCAGUGCAGCCAUAGCCAAUCACUGCUUCACAGUUCCCAUUAAUAGAGUCGGCAGGGAGUCAUUCCCGAACGAUUUUACAUCGGGAGACGGUCGACCAGGUAUUUUAUGCCAGCAAUUCCGAACUCUCGAUGUCAGUGAAACCAAUACAAUCAGGAAAUUCAAUGCACUCAAUUUUGCUGUGGUAGAGAAACAAAAUCGAAAAUAA